ACUCAUUACUUUCAACGCGAAGUAUAAAUUUAUAUGUAAAAUUUCACUAAAAUUGCAAGAAAUAGCAGAUAUGAACACAUUCUUUAAAAAUAUAAUGUGUUCAAUGAUAAAACCCUAAAGAUUGAACUCAUAAAGCUUAAAUCCUGGAUCCGCCUCUAAUAGCUGGAAAUUUCUGGUGUAUAAAUCUGCCUAUUAGGAUUAUUAGUCAUUUUUCUGAAUAAAGGGCAAAAAGUAUGUUCUUAUAUUCUAUAUUGAGAGUUUUCAAUUGAUUUAUGUGCUUUUGGUAUGAAGAAAAAUGUUUUAUCAUUUUCUAGUGGUUUGGUUGGAUAUGCAAGUAAUUAUGCAAGAAGAAUGCUAGAGUAUAAGAAUAUUGUUUGACAAUGACUAUGUGUUGGUUAAAACAAGUGGUAUGAAGUAACCAUUGAUUUCCCUUUUGGUGGAAAAUAUUUUCUUCAUACCAAACACCUGAAAAUGAUUUGAUGGAGAAAAACAUUUUUGAGGGAAUUAUCACAACAGACACACCCUUAAUGUACUCAUCAAAUCUUCCAUAACCAACAACAACAACGACAUACUCAGUGUAUUCCCACAUGUGGGUGCCCAGGGAGGGUAGAGUGUACGCAGACCUUAUUCUUUCCUCGUGGAGCUAGAGAGACUGUUUCAGAAAGACCAAACCAGACAAUCAGUUAUGAUUUUUGCCUGGCAUGCUGGAGAGAAGACUCUUGUCCAAAGAUCAUGUUUCUUCACCUCUUCAAACUCAUGUUUUUUCUCCUCAACUUUAUCCAAAAAGGAUUUUAGGAGAGCUGACUCCUCCUGAGCUUCUGCAAUAAGAUGCUCGACAAUAGAAUCAGACUUCCCCUCUUGAAGCAGCUCUUUCAGAUAGCGCAAGAGGGAGUCAAUAAAGCCUAAUCCAUUUGUCCUAGGGAAAUUACAUUUUGAUGACAGUGGAGCUUUCAAAAUCACGUCUUUUAGGUCUUCCAUGACUUGUUCAAUUUUUUUUAACAAGUCAGAGAAUACCAAGUUAACUUCUGCUGCUUUUUUAACGGAGAAAGAGUAAGUAGCAGAUGCUACCUCAGCAAUAAGACCUUCAACGCAAGUAAGUAUAUCACUCAAUUUCCCCUGAUCGAGAGAGAGAUCUUCAAGAUAAAUGAGCAAAGGUACCAAUUGCUUUGAUACUUGGAUAAGAUGCAGCAACAAAGAACAUGCCUCACCAUUUGAUUACUCCAACUAAACCUUGAAGAGAAAAUAAACAAAACCUUCAACAAAUUCUAUCACAUCCCGGCUGCCUUUGGAUUUGAAAUUUAACUAAACCUCUUAGAUGUCGUGUAUAGAUGUCUAUAACUCGGAGCUCAAUGGGCUUGAUCUCUUGCAAAAUGUGAGAGAUCUUAAGCCUCAAUCCAAAUGCAAAAUCUUCAUCCAUUUCUUCCAAAUAACAAACGUAACAGAUGUAAGCAACAUUCCCAGUGACAACCUAAAUAUGAUUAAAGAGAAUCUUUGGAUUUCUCUAGUUCCAUGCUUGCAUUUUUUAUGAAACUGAGGAAGUUCUUGAGAUAAUUUAGACUUCUAAGAUUUGAAACUCCUUCUUCAGAAGAACAAACUUGUCCAACUCUUUCUUAUUGAUGAAAAAAUCCUUCACAUUCAGAAGGAUGUACUCGAUGAACUUCUGAAACAAUGGGCCUGAAGAUCUCAAUGUCGAUUAGGGAAAAUUGAGUGAUAUACUUACUCGCAUUGAAGGUCUUAUUGCUGAGGUAACAUGUGCUGCUUACUCUUUCUCUGUUAAAAAAGCAGGAGAAGUUAAUUUGGUAUUCUCUGACUAGUUAAAAAAGAUUGAACGAGUCAUGGAAGACCUAAAAUAUAUGUUUUUUAAAGCUCCACUGUCAUCAAAAUGUAAUUUCCCCAGUACAAAUGGAUUAGGCUUUAUUGACUCCCUCUUGCGCUAUCUGAAAGAGCUGUUGCAAGAGGGGAAGCUUGAUUCUGUUGUCGAGCAUCUUAUUGCAGAAGCUCAAGAGGAGUUAGCUCUCCUAAAAUCCUUUUUGUUUAAAAUUGAGGAGAAAAAACAUGAGUUUGAGGUGGUGAAGAAACACGAUCUUUGGACAAAAGUCUUAUCUCUGGUAUACCAAGGAGAAAUCAUAAUUGAUUGCUUGGUUAUGGGGGUUAUCCUUUUUGUUAUGCAAGAUCACAAUAUGCCGGCAGAGUUGUGUUUGUUUUGUCAAAGUGCAUUGGACGACGACCAGUCUACCUUCCUCCUCUCCAUCUCUGUCCUUCGAACUCAUUGUGAUAUGCGAAGUCCCAUUUGUAGGAUAAUCGGCACCAACUAAGCAAAAUUUGAUCCUAUUUGGCAAUAUGAAUGGUUCACAUGUAAAAUGGGAUGAGGCAAAUCUGGAAGAAAUUGAGGCAAAUAAGCCAGUGAGGCAGAAAAUAACUGAACCAAAGACACCAUAUCACCGGAUGAACGAUGAUGAUGGAUCUCUAUGGGAUAGUUAUGAGGAGGCCAAUGGUGAUGCAAUAGAGUCAGAAGUCAUAUGCAGUGCAUUUGAUGAUGUGGCAUCUUCCAGUGAAAAUAAAUCGGGACGGUCUGGCUGGACAUCUUCUAACAAUGAGGCUGAUAUCAUGGACCAAGAUGAUGAAGAUUCUGGUUCAGAAAGGAGCAAGAGCUUUAGGGAGCACAGGCGAGCACACUAUGACGAAUAUAGGAAAAUCAAAGAAAUGAGUCGAGAGGGCUCCUCUCUUGAAGAAGCAUCUGAUGAUGAGAUUGAGGAUCUUGAGAAAAGGGAUGGUAGGUGUGAUACAUCAUCAUCAUUGACAUCUGCUGUUAAGGGAAUUGACAUUGCAGAAGGAAUCAUAGACGAUAGUCAGACCUCUCUAUGAUACCCGUUCUCUAUAAUAACAUUUUACUAUAAUGGCCAAGUUUUCUUUGGAGCCGAUUUUCAUGUUGUGUUAUAUCAUAUGUUCUAUAUAACAUCAUUUCGCUAUAACAAUUUUUUUUUGGGACAAACAAUGCUGUUAUAUAGAGAUUUUGACUGUAGUCCUCAGUCCCAGCCAAUUGAAUAAGGAUCGUCCUGACAAACUAUUUAUUGAUAAUUUGAUAUGGUCUUAUUUCUAAGAA